AAAUUGCAAAAUUUCUACUGCUAAGGUCGCGUUAUUAUCCUUAAAAAAACGGGUUUGAAAUGGCGAGUGCCGUUCAAACCAUUGCAUUAAAUCGUUGCAGAACGCUUGGGCCGCAUUUUGUCGGCCAUUUUCAGUGCGAUCUGGUGUUGUGCAAAGCGUAAUUAUUUGUGUGAUUGAUGAGAUUUUGUUGCUGUGCAAUAUGUGAGAUACGAUUUUCUUGUACGUUCAGGGUGUAGUUUACGAUUGAAAAGAACCUACACCAAAAUGGCCACCCUAGUAAAAAGGUUCAUAGAAGGAUAUCAUGAUGUGAUGGACAACAAAAGUGAUCCUAGAGUAAAAGACUGGUUCCUGAUGAGCUCACCAUUCUACACGUUAGGAAUAUGCCUCACAUACGUGUUCAUAGUGAAAGUGUUAGGACCUAAACUAAUGGAAAAUAGAAAACCUUUCGAAUUAAAGAAUGUCCUGAUAGCAUACAAUCUCUUCCAAGUGAUAUUUAGUACCUGGCUAUUUUAUGAAAGUUGUGUAGCUGGAUGGAUGAGCCACUACAGCUUCAAAUGUCAACCUGUGGAUUACUCGGACAACCCCUUAGCUUUACGGAUGGUUCGAGGUUGCUGGUGGUAUUACUUCUCCAAGUUCACGGAAUUUUUCGACACGUUCUUCUUCGUUUUGAGAAAGAAAUUCGACCACGUGUCAACCCUACACGUGAUCCACCACGGAAUUAUGCCGAUGUCAGUCUGGUUCGGCGUGAAGUUCACUCCAGGCGGCCACUCGACUUUCUUCGGAUUUCUGAACACCUUCGUCCACAUCAUCAUGUACGGGUACUACUUCCUUGCCGCCCUGGGCCCGCAGUAUCAGAAGUACUUGUGGUGGAAGAAGUACCUCACCGCCUUGCAGAUGGUUCAAUUCGUGCUAGUAAUGGUCCACGCCUUCCAGCUGCUCUUCAUCGACUGCGACUACCCGAAAGCUUUCGUCUGGUGGAUCGGAAUGCACGCAGUUAUGUUCUAUUUCCUCUUCUCCAACUUCUACAAGCAGACCUACCACAAAAGGGACAAGAGAGGAAAAGUCAAAGUGGAGGACGACGCAAACGGCAACGUCAAGAACGGCAAGACCAACAUCGGAAUCUGCUUCACUUCCCAAACGGCACUGUACGACGACUCGACGUCAAACGUCAAACCGAUGACAAACGGCUACACCACUUCUGAUACGGACAAACUUAGGAACCGAGCGUACUUGGACAAAAGCACGAAAACGUCGUCGUAGUCACGAGUUCGUUGGGUUAUUUCGAUGUUUUGUGGUGUGGCAUCACAUUAGUUGUUACGUGAUCUUCUAUUUAGUGACGUCCAGAGUUGCCAAAUGUACGGAGCCGUCAACAAAAGUGAGCUGGAAAGGUAAUUUUUUUUCAGAGGCAAAAUUGAAAUCAAGGACGUGAUAGUAUUCAACAUUGUUUCUGGAAAAAUCGAUUUUUAAGGAGAUAAUUCAGUCAUAAAGUUACAUGUACUAUGUACAUGUAUAUUCUUAUUGGCUGACGAAGUAAAAAUGGCAACUCUGCAAGUUGGUGCUCGUUAAAGUUGUAAAUAUAUUUUUGUGUGUUAGGUAAGAAUUAAAAGUAAUGUUAAGGAGGGGGCUUUAUGCUUCGAUUUCUAUUGUAGACCAAAGGGUGAUUAUACAGGAUGUCUCAAUAUUUCGUGCUUCGUUUGUCCGUUAGAGGGCGUCAAAGUUUUUUUUAAAAAACAGAUUGUAAAUGAGUAAAUGUGGUACAAUAUUUGUAUUAUGCACUAUUUUUUUUAAUAUGUACCAAGACUAUGAGAAGCCAAACAAACGUAAUUUGUUUUUGUCAAUUUUUAAAUAAUGUAGUACUGUUUUCCAUCAAAGUAGGCAAGAUCUGGCUGAUAAUUUUCAUUGUAUCGUCUUCUCUUGAUAUAACUACUCUUUGUUAAAACUGUGGGAUCUUCCUUCGAAGACCAUUUCAGUGUAUACCAGGACUUUUUUCAAUUCCUUGUGUGUUUCUAUAUGAAUGCCAGGUAUAUAAUUUGCCAGUACCAUAUACCGUAGCUUUAGACUUCCUAGUUUAGAAUUGUGUCAAAAGUUAGGUAUAUCUUCAUAGAUAUAGCGCCAAAACUAUAAUUCAACUGUGCUAAAGUAUUUUGCUUUAAAGUUACAAUUGUGGAUCGCGCUUCAUUUUUUUAAUAAAUGUUAUUAUAAGGCACAAUUGAUGAAUCGUCAGAAUUCAAAGGCCAACAUUUCUGGAGCUAUACAGGAUGUCCAAAAGAUAACCUUGACUAUGAUUUUGAAGGUUAUUUCAAGGUCAAGACGUAAACCUCUAUUUUGGCGCUGGAAAUGUAUAGACCUGAAAUGUUCAUGUUCAACUGCAUCAUUGACAAUGACCUUGAUCACGCCUUUAAGAACCUUUGAAGGUCAAAUCAAUUCCUCACUUGACACGAGGGAAUGUAAGCCACUAUCUCGCUGACUAUGACCUUUAAGGUCAUUUGAAGGUCAAAUGUAUUUCGUGUUGAAAUUUCAGCUGUGUAUGGCGUUAUAUUUUUCAAUAAAUACUAUUUAUAAGGCACAAUUGAUGAAUCGUCAGAAUUCAAACUGCAACAUUUCUGGAAAGGGUGGAUAGCAGGUGACCUUGACUAUGAUCUUGAAGGUUAUUUGGAGGUCAAGACUAUUUUUUUAGAUGGAAGCCUUAUUUUGGCACUGAAAACGUAUAGAGCGGAAAUGCCUCAUUAACAAUGAUCUUGAUUACGACCUUAAGGACCUUUGAAGGUCAAAUAAAUUUUCCAGUCAAGUCUCCACUUUAUGUCGACAACUUUCUAGAUAAGAGCCACUAAUACAUUGACCCUUAAAGUCAUUUCAAGGUCAAAUGCGUUGUUCAACAGGAUUUGCCUUUUAUUGUUUCCAGAAAUGUAAUUUGACGCUCUGCCAAAUCCGCGAUCAUCGUAAAGCUUAAGAUCGUUGUCAAGAUCAAGGUCAUGGGACAAUAUUUAAAUAUGAAAGUUUCUGCUCUAUACACUGUCUUCACCCUCAAAUCACACUGUCAUAGUCAAGGUCACAAUUAGAUGAUCCUUCUCAGGUCUGUCAAAUUUUUCGAGAUGUCUGGUAAUUUCCAUAGUUUUUGGAUUUUUUCAAAUGAUCUUCAUUAAAGAACACUACCUUGACCUCAAAAUGACCUUGAAGGUCAUGAUCAAGGUUGCUACUUUACAGGGUAUUUUUGAUGCCUUAUUUGGACACCCUGUAUCUUCUUUGUACAUAAAAAAUACGCACAGAUGUGUUACUUAUUACUCCGCAAUGUUUUGUAGAACCAACACUUGCCGCAAACCUUAUUGUGAUAAACAUUUUUUCGGUCACCACGGUGAUUUUUUUCAAGUGCAUUUUGUCUGCCAAAACUAUAUACAAAGUAUACUUUUUUACUUUGUCCAUUUACGAAAACACUGCCCAAGUAGCUGACGAUUGACUUGAGUGAGGUUAUGGGCCCAGUAAAGAUACUUUGUUUGUUGGAUAUCAAUUUGCAAUGGAUGUAGUUAAGCUAAUUUUGUGCAUCCUUCAACCUUGUACAAAACAUUGUGUAACAAAACGACGAAGUAGUACGAUGGAAAUCUAAGACUUUCGAUCACAUGGAUCCAGAUUCGGUUUUUUAUCUUUUUCUAGAUCUGAGUUAUUCGUUUGAGAUGUAUCGUUUAUCGUUGUUUUUUACAUUUUUUAUGUUUUUCUAUUAUUGGCUAAAACUUUGCGUUGAAGAUAUUUUUGAAAAAUAUUGUUACCUAGGCGUAAAGCAUUUGUGCAAUAUUACAAUAGUAUCUAAGACAUUGUAUGAGAGUGAGCUGAGUAGGCAUUAGGCAUAGCUUUUACAUAUUUCAUAUUUAUUUUUAACAGUGAGGAUAGGUUUAUGUAUUUAUUCAGAAGUAAGGUACUGUUUAUAACUGAAAAAAUAAAUGGUUUUUGAAAUAGUUUC